GACUGUGCUUGACAGGAUACAUCAAAUCUUACUCAACAAAAGUAUUACUGAAGAAUUUAUAUUCAAAUUUAAGUUGUCUGUUGAUAAUCGGUCAUCCCAAUUUCGAUCAGCAACACGUAAACUUUUUCAUCGUACGUUUGCAGCUAUGCUUCGACCAUUAAGAUCUCUAAGCAAUACUGGUAUUCAUCUCUAUGUCAAUGAAAGUCUCAAAUGGUUUUAUCCACAUUUGGCACUUAUAAUUUCGGAUUGGCCCGAAGCAUGUAUGUUAUGCGCUACUUAUGGGUCACCAAAUUCACUACAUCCAUGUCACUUUUGCUUAGUAGAUCGCGGUGAAAUGAAUAAUAUCUAUUUAAAAAAAGAAAAGAUGGUCAUUCGGAAUGAGAAUACAACUAAGACUUUUUUACGCCAAGAUAAUGGCAAGAAAAUUUCUGUACAUCAUAUUAGAAAUGCAUUGUGGAAGCGACCGUACUUUAAUGUCUACACUAUGUGUGUGCCAGACCGCAUGCACCAUGCGGAUCUCGGGCUUUUUCAGUAUCAGUUACGGUUUACUGUUGAGCUAUUGAACUUAAAUUAUGGCAGUGGCCCAACAAGAAUUCUUGAGGAACGUCUUUCUCAAAUCCCUCAUUAUCCAAAUCUUAAGGCUUUUAAAAAUGGGUUUGAGAGAUUUAAUCGGUUAACUGCAUCGGAGUAUCAAGAUUUAAUGAGAAUAAUGAUUUUUGUCUUGGACGAGUUAAUACCCGACAGAAAUCUCAAUAAACAAUUGUGUGACCUUUACUCAUUUUGGAUUGACAUGAACAUUUGGAGUCAUCAACCAAAAUACACCAGAUCGGAUCUCAAUAAAUUCGAGUUCGGGUCUCCUAAUGGAUAUACAAGUGAGACGUAUGAAUUAUUACAUAAAUUUAAUGUUAAACAGCCUUAUCGUAUGACGAACAAGCGAAAUGUUAAUUCACAAAUUCAAGCAAGUGUAACUCGUCAAAACAUCUUUGCAUCUUUCAAAUCAAAGUUUUAUUCACGGACUAAUAAUAACUUAUACUGUGGAAUCACUUCAAAAAAAGCCAUUAAGAAGAUGACACAGCACACAAUUGAUCAAAUUAUAAAUCAGCUAGCAGAUGUAAACGAAUUAUGGAGAGAUGGUUUUAAACAACUUAAAUGCUGUAUUUAUGACUAUCUUCAAGGUGUCGAGAAUUGGUCAUUACAAGAUAUAGAGAACGAGACAAUCUUUAUUGAAGUAUUCAAGUUUGCUUAUUUAGAAGGCAGUUAUAAGGCAGUUAUCCGUGCGUCCUCUAAUUAUUAUGGGCAAGCAGCUUUCUCAGAUGUUUGUAUUGAAAUGAAUAAAACAGAACAAGAUGAUUAUUUAACAGAUAAUGGCUUAUGUUAUGCGAAGGUUCUUCUUAUUCUUCGGAUCGCAUCCCCGAAAUUAGGCCAGAAACUCGAACUUGCUCUCGUUCAUUGGUAUGACUUUGCAUAUCCAUCUGAUACACAUCGUCAUUAUUUUUAUAAAUGCGCAAUACUGAAAUAUGUUGAACACUAUACCUUAAUUCCUAUUGCUUCAAUUACGGAUAUA